AUGGAACCCUCAACUUCGGCGGAAAACACUCCCGCUGGUAGUCAUCAGACUCGCCAGACUCGCCUGUCAAACCCGAACGGGUUGGACCAUCGUCUCAUGGACAGCCAGAUUUCUCUCGAACCGUCACAUAGCCCUCAGCGGGUUACACCCGCUUUCAGUAUUCAAGAGUCCACUCUGAACGUUCCUAGUACAGAAGCAACAGCGACUCUCGAGUUCCUGACCCAUGGUCGCCGGAGCCUUCUUAAGUUGACAGAAGCCCCACCAAGGCCAUCAACAACUCGUGUAUCAACUUCGCCAGGAAGCUUGUCGUGUACCACCACUGCCACUGGAAUUGAGUUUGGCACCUCGAAUGUUUCCUGGGAUACCAUAUUGUCGCCCGACGAAGCCCGUCGCCUACUCGCCUACCACGAAGUGAGGCUUGCAUGGAUGCAUAAUGUAGUUCAUAUGCCAACCUUUUUGAAUGAGUUCGAAGAUAGCUUGAAAGAGGAGCCUCGAGACCGCACCUGGGUGGCCCUGUAUCACGCAUUGUUAUGCACGACAUUCUUUCACAUGGAAGAAGCAGAGAUGGCUAGCUUGGGGAUCAACGCCGCAGCUAGAUGGGACUCUGCUCGUGCCCAGUAUGAUAUCAGUCUACGAAGCCUUCACGAUGCCAAUUUCAUGGCUAUCCACACUGUGUGUUCCGUCCAGACAAUCUGCAUAUUGAUGCAAGUGGCCCACAACCUAGACCAAUCUGAUUUCAUCAGUGUCAUGAUUGCCAGCGGCAUCCGAAUCUCCCAAUGUCUCAACAUGCAUCGUCUCGGGCCAGAUCGACUAGACCACGAUCCAGCAGCAGAGAUCACUCAAGAGACUUCCAAGAAAGGCCUGAUAAAUAGGGAGAUCAAGAAGAGAGUUUGGUGGUUUCUUGUUCGCCAGGACUGGCUUCAAAUCCCAUACCAAAACACAUACCUCCUCCAUCCAUCUCAAUUCAAUACACCACAAGCUCUCAACUGUCAUGACCGAAUGGAGUUUCCUGCGGGCGACGGGACGAUAGUCGCCCAGCCAGGAAAUGUUUACACCCAGAGCACCUACACGAAUGCAUUGUCCCAGAUUGCUGUCAUCAUUUGGAAACAACAAGAUCGAAUGUGCCGAACCGGAAGCCCUGAAGAAAGCUCUGACGGACUGGAGAAACUCUAUGACCAGGUUCUUUGGGCCGAUAGAGAGCUGAAGCAGCUCUACGUCAGCUUUCCUUCUUUCAUUCGAGACCCUUCUCGACCCAACCUGUCGACACAUGAACUACCAUCGUAUAUCAGACAAGUCGCGUCAACGAAGUUGCUCUCUAUAGCGCACAAGUUCGAUGACACACAUCGUGAUCUUGCCGGGGAAGCGCAUUUAGACCUCAAGACUAUUGUCCGAAAAUUGCUGUCCAUGGAAGUUUCGGAAGGUCAAGAGUUUGUCGAAGAACUGGGCGUUGAAGGAGUUCUGUUUCCAUGGGACACAUAUGACUUUGAUAUGGCAGAGCUCGAUAUGUUGGAUGCAAUGGUCUGCUAA